AUGUUUGGUCAUGCACGUAUGCAGCAGGCUGGCAUGCAGCAGAUGAUGUCCAACCAGAUGGGCUACAUGAACCCUGGAAAUAUGAACCAGGGCAACCUGUCUCCGGCCAACAUGAUUCAGGGUCAUCACAACAACAUGCCCUCCGAGCCGCGCAAUAUCCAGGGCCAUCAUGGUCAGGAAUUCCGCGCUCGCGAGCGUUCCGAGCCCCAUGACGCCAACAAUGGAACUCGAGAUGGUCUGCAUCAGCAGAACCCUGUUGCUCCCGACGAUGACCGUGCUUGGCCGUAA